AUGCCCAAACUCAAGGACGAUGAGAGAUGGAACCUGAUAUCGUCUUUAAAAGAGAAACGGGCAAUUUUUGACGAAUUUUGCAAAACAACAGCAGAGAGGGAGCGGCACACAAAGGAGGUUGAGGCAAAGUCAGCAAUUGAAGGCUUCAAGGGUUUGCUGGCUGAGGUUGCUGAACAUGAGGCUAAAAGAAAGCAGGAACUCCGGGAAAGCAAAGCUGCUGAUCGUGAAGAAGGCGAGAUGGACGAUGACGACUCAGAUAUGGUGCAACAGGAUGAUGGAGAGGAGACAAUCCCGGGCUUGGGUCCUGACACCACGCUAGAACUGCUGGGGAGGUACUGGGGAAAUGACCCCAGGUGGAAGGCCUGUCCUGAAGAUCAGCGCAUUGCCCUAUUUGAAGAGCACCAAGGUCCAGUGCGCCGUGCUGCCCAGGCAGCAAGGGAAAAGCAGCAGAAGGCACUAGUGGACAAUUACAGGGCCCUGCUACAAGAGAGGGGAGUCACAGCAUCCUCCAGGUGGUCUAAAAUGAAAGACAACUUAUCACAAGAUGAGCGAUUCCAGAGUGUUCCGAGGGCUGACAGGGAGCAGUAUUUUCGACAGUACGUUGCAGAGCUGCAGGACUCUGAGCAGCUGCAGAGGAAGGAAAAGCGUGAACGGCUUGCUCUAGAGCGAGAAAUGCAGCUAAGGAUGAAGCAGGAUGAAGAAGAAGCAGACAGACGGCAACGGCGGGCGGCCCACUCAGAUGCCAUGGCUGCCUUCCAGGCACUGUUGGGUGAGACAGUCAAGGACCCCGAUGCCAUGUGGCGUGACUGGAAGGGCAGGUUGGAGAGGGAUCCUCAGGGCCGUGCAACGAAUCCAGUCCUGGACAUCCGGGAGUGUGAGCGAUUGUUUCGUGAGCAUGUCAAGGCCAUUAAUGACCAAGCAACCAAAGAGUAUAGGGAGCUACUGGAUGAAAUCAUUCGUCCACUCUUUCCAAGCAAGGAGUCGAAUGAGCAGGGCACAAAAUUCCCAGCAGCUCUCCACACGUUUGAAAAGGCAGAAAAGCUGAUGCAGAAUGACAACAGAUUCCUUCGUGCACCCAAAGACUCUAGGUAA